AUGGAGCCAUUUUUUGCACUCAUACAUGUGGUUAUGACCAUCAUUACUUUUACCAAGGCUAAUGAAACGGCCUGUACUCUGCAAGGACAGCCUGUAUACCCACAGUUAUGGAAAGAUGGAGACAUCAUAAUUGGAGGUGUUUUCUCCUUCCAUAGCAGCUGGGAGAUCAGACAACUUACAUAUUCUGUUACACCACCACCGCUGAAGUGCAUCAGCCUAAAUUAUAGAGACUUUCAGUAUGUUCAGUCCAUGCUUUUUGCUGUGGAGGAAAUCAAUAACAGUUCCACUCUGAUACCUGGGGUCUCAUUAGGCUACAGGAUAUAUGAUACAUGUGGUUCAAUGGCAAUGGCUGUCAGAGUGACUAUGGCUCUUGUUAAUGCACAUGAGAACACAACGUCCGAUGGACCCUGCACAAAGCAGGCAUAUGUACAAACCAUACUAGGAGACACAACCUCAUCGGCAUGCAUGGCGAUGGCAAAAACUAUUGGACCAUUCAACUUUCCCAUGAUCAGUCACUAUGCCACCUGUGAAUGUCUCAGUGACAAAGUCAAAUACCCCUCAUUUCUUCGAACUAUUACAAGCGAUUACUACCAGAGCAGAGCACUGGCAGAACUAGUAAGACACUUUGGCUGGACCUGGGUGGGAGCUAUAAGAACAGAUGAUGAUUAUGGUAAUAAUGGGAUGGCCACUUUCACCAAAGUGGCUGAACAGAUGGGAAUUUGUUUGGAAUAUUCUCUCCCGUUUUUCAGAACAUAUGCUGAAGAUAAAGUAAUGAGGAUAAUUGAACAGAUAAAAAGUUCAACCUCACGAGUGAUUGUGGCAUUUCUUGUGCACUGGGACUUGGAAAUUCUGCUACAUAAAUUUGUUGAAUAUAAUAUCACUGGAUACCAGUGGGUAGGUACAGAGGGAUGGAUCUCUGAUUCAGUCAUUGCCACUAUGGACACACAUCACAUUUUACAAGGAGCUGUUGGUCUAGCAAUACCCAAAACAGAAGUGACAGGUCUAAAGGAAUAUAUUUUAAACAUUAAAAAACUGAAAUCCUCAGGAAGAGCCAUAUUUUCAGAGCUCUGGGAAUCACUGUAUCAGUGUAAAUACUCCAACAAGGAUGAUUCAGUGUCUAUGAAUGCAUGCACAGGCAAUGAAGAACUGUCCCAGAUGCAAAACAGUUUUACCGAUAUGUCACUCAUGCCUAUAUUCAGCAAUGUGUACAAAGGAGUGUAUGCUAUUGCUCAUACUCUUCACAAACUUUUGGGCUGCAAGGAAAAAUGUGCCUCAAAGAAACAGCUUGAUCCUAUAACUUUUCUGAAGCACCUGCGAAAGGUACAUUUCAAAACCAAAGAUGGUGAGGAUAUAUACUUUGAUGAGAAUGGUGAGGCAGUUGCACGAUAUGAGGUAAUAAAUUGGCAACCGAGUAACGAAAAACACGAUCAAUUUGUCACUGUUGGGCUUUACGAUGCUUCUCUUCCUGUGAAAGAUCGUUUGGCAGUUAAUGUGGAUUCAAUAGUAUGGUCAAAUAAUGCAACAAAGGUCCCAAAAUCUGUGUGCAGUGAGAGCUGCUCACCUGGCACUAGAAAAGCAAUUAAAAAAGGAAAGUUUAUAUGUUGUUACGACUGCAUAUCUUGUGCAGAUGGAGAGAUCAGUAACACUACAGAUUCAGUAGCAUGUCUGCGGUGCCAUCAAGAAUUUUGGUCAAAUCUGCAAAAGGAUGUAUGUGUUGAGAAGGAGACUGAAUUUUUGUCUUUUAAAGAGAUCAUGGGAAUCUUGCUUACAACGAUUUCCAUUGUUGGUGCAUUUGUAACAAUGAUAAUUGCAAUCAUAUUCUUCAGGUAUAAAAAUACCCCAAUAGUGAAAGCCAACAAUUCUGAAUUGAGCUUCUUGCUCCUGUUUUCGCUUAUGUGUUGUUUUCUCUGUUCACUCACUUUCAUUGGUCAGCCUACUGAGUGGUCCUGUAUGUUGCGUCACACAGCGUUUGGGAUCACUUUUGUCCUCUGUAUCUCCUGUGUUCUGGGGAAAACAAUAGUGGUGUUAAUGGCCUUCAAAGCUACACUUCCAGCAAGUAAUGUCAUGAAAUGGUUUGGACCUCCUCAACAGCGACUCAGUGUUCUUGGGUUCACAUUCAUACAAGUGCUUAUUUGUGUGCUUUGGUUAACAAUUUCUCCACCAUUUCCCUUUAAAAAUUUUAAUUACUUUAAGGAAAAGAUCAUUUUAGAAUGUCAUGUAGGUUCAUCAAUAGGGUUCUGGGCUGUUCUGGGUUACAUAGGAUUUCUAGCUCUUUUGUGUUUCAUUUUGGCUUUUCUGGCACGUAAAUUGCCGGAUAAAUUUAAUGAGGCCAAAUUCAUUACAUUCAGUAUGCUCAUAUUCUGUGCUGUAUGGAUUGGUUUUAUUCCAGCUUAUGUAAGCCCGCCUGGGAAGUUUACUGUGGCAGUAGAGAUAUUUGCGAUUUUAGCUUCAAGUUUUGGUUUACUAUUCUGCAUUUUUCUCCCAAAAUGCUAUGUGAUUUUAUUUAAACCGGAAAAGAAUUCCAAAAAGCACUUAAUGGGCAAAUUAACUUAA